CACGCAGUUGAUCUGGCCUGAGCAGCUGGGAGGUGGCAAAGCCCUAGCUGGGCAGGGACUUGCAGGAGAAGGAGGUCUAGAAGGAGGUGAAGUAACAAGCACUCUCCUCAGGGGGCUGCUGGCCGCACACUCCCAGCCUUCACAUAGACACACCUGUGUGAGAAGCAGAAGGAAGGGAAGACACAAGUCCCAAGGCCCUGCCCUUUGUGCGGGGAAGGCCCAGGUCCCUGCUUCAGCAAGGCCACGAUGAAUCUAGGAGCUGCUCUUAGGCAUCUGCUCCUGGUGCUGGAGUUGGCGAUGCUCCCCGUGGUCACUCAGGGGAGAGAAGUGGUGUUGGGGAAGGUGGGAGACACAGCCGAGCUGCCGUGCAGUGGUUCCGUGGGGCAGAACAUAGUCUUCAACUGGAUGCAGUCCACGGUCAAGAUCCUGGGGCGUCAGAUCAACUUCUGGAUCACAGGUGCCUCCAAGCUGAAGAAUCGUGUGGAAUCGAAAAAAAACCUGUGGGAUCAAGGAUCCUUCCCUCUGAUUAUCAAGAAUCUUGAAGCAGCAGACUCAGGGGUUUACUUCUGUGAGGUAGACGGCAAGAAGCAAGAAGUGGAGCUGCUGGUGUUCAACCUGACUGCCAAGUGGGACACCGGCAGCAGCAGUGGCAGCAGCAACAUCCGCCUGCUGCAAGGGCAGCAGCUGACCCUGACCGUGGAGGCCCCCUCUGGUAGCAGCCCUUCCGUGCAAUGGAAAGGUCCAGGGAAUAAAAGCAAGGGCAGUGGCCACAGACUCUCGCUGUCGGGGCUGGACGUGCAGGAGAGCGGGACCUGGACAUGCACCAUCUCCCAGAACCAGAAGACAGUGGUGUUCAACAUAAACAUCUUGGUGCUGGGUUUCCAGAAGGUCUCUAACACAGUCUAUUCAAGAGAAGGGGAGCAGGUAAAGUUCUCCUUCCCACUUAGCUUCGAGAUUGAAAAGCUGAGCGGAGAGCUGAGGUGGCGGGCAGAGGGCGCUCCCUCCUCCCUGCUCUGGAGCUCCUUCACCUUGGAGAACAAGAAGCUAUUUGUCAAAGAGGUCCACCACCCCAGACUGCAGCUGAAGGAAACGCUCCCACUCAGCUUUAUCCUGCCCCAGGCUUCGUCUCAGUAUGCUGGUUCUGGAACCCUGACCCUGAGUCUUGCCAAGGGGACACUGCAGCAGGAAGUGAAUCUGGUGGUGAUGCGAGUGACGAAGUUUCCGAACAAUUUGACCUGUGAGGUGAUGGGACCCACCUCCCCGGAGCUGACGCUGAGCUUGAAUCUGGAAGAGCGGGCUGCCAAGGUCUCGAAGCAGCAGAAGCUGGUGUCGGUGGUGGAGCCUGAGGACGGAACAUGGCAGUGCCUACUGAGUGACAAAGACAAAGUCCUGCUGGCCUCCAAGGUUGAGGUUUUGUCCCCAGUGUUCACCAAGGCCUGGCCAAAGCUCUUGGCCAUUGUGCUGGGCGGGAUCUUAGGUCUUCUGCUUCUCCUUGGGCUCUGCAUCUUCUGCUGUAUUAAGUGCUGGCACCGCAGGCUCUCCCCACUCCCACCUCCAAGGGGCGCCUCCCUUCUGGAGGCCUGGGACCCUCACGACUCUCCUUUCUUCCUGGACAGCGGCAGGCAGCACGGAUGUCUCAGAUCAAGAGACUCCUCAGUGAGAAGAAAACCUGCCAAUGCCCCCACCGGCUCCAGAAGGCAUGCAAUCUCAUCUGAGGCGCAGGGCCAAGGGAGUUUCCGGCUCGUAGCCUCCCCAGCUGCCUUCCCUUGCCUUUCCUGCCUGGCUCCUGGGCUUGCGCAGAGCAGAUGAAUGUAGCAGACCCUGGCACUUCCGGCCCUCUCCCGCUCUCCUUGGCAUUAGUCCACCUGCUGAGGCUUAUACCAUUUCUCCUGGUUUCCUUCACAUCAAGCCUAGCCCUAUCGAUGAUUUCUUCCCAGCUCUUUCCCUCAUGGCCCACUGGUCCCCGGGGAAUCACGUGGGACCAGCCCUGCCUGGCUUGGAGGGUAAGGCUGGGUGUCUGAAGCAUGAAGCGCAGGGCUGUGAUUUUACUGGUCUGGACUUUGGGACCAGAGGGGGCAGACCCUAGCCUUAGAUCACACAGCCGGAGGAGGGUAGAUCUAGAUCCAAAGGCUCCUGACUGCCAGCUUCCACUGCUCCAUUUGGUCUGCUUCUCAAUCCAUGUUGGCAGGACACAGACUCACAUCGUGACCUGUGCACCAACAGGCACCCCUGGACCCACACGUGUGUACAGAGUGCACACUUGUGCACAGACACAAUUCCUUAUGCCCCAAGCCGUAUGUGUCAGUUUAUGAGCCGGUUUCACAUGCUUUGUCUGUUUAAACCUUAAGAAGAUAGUGUAGAGGGGCGCCUGGGUGGCUCAGUGGGUUAAAGCCUCUGCCUUCAGCUCAGGUCAUGAUCCUAGGGUCCUGGGAUCG